AUGGAGAACUCAUCUGCAGAGAUUAAAUUCAUCCUCAUUGGAAUGACAAAUGACCAUCAACUUGCAGUCCCACUUUUUGGACUCCUUUUUGUUAUUUAUUUCAUCACUGUGCUGGGAAACCUAGGUCUGGUGGUACUGAUUCAAGUCAGCCACCGUCUCCACACACCUAUGUAUUUUUUUCUCUCAAAUCUGUCCUUCCUUGAUGUCUGUUUCUCUUCCAUCACAACCCCAAAGACUUUAGCCAACUUAUUAUCUCAGCUACAGGCAGUUUCUUUCUUUGGAUGUAUGGCUCAAAUGGGCUUGUUCAUAAUCUUCGCUUCUGCUGAAUGCAAUGUUUUGGCUUCCAUGGCCUAUGACCGUUACAUGGCCAUCUGUCGCCCAUUGUUUUACCAUAUUACCAUGUCAAGAGUUCGUUGUCUCCUUUUGGUAGCAGGAUGUUACUUUGGUGGGCUCCUUAACAUGGUGGCUGUAACAAGCUCCAUCACACAGCUGUCAUUCUGCCAGCCACAUGUCAUCUCCCACUUCUUCUGUGAUAUCCCUCCACUGCUGGCAUUGGCUUGUUCUGAUCCUUGGGUAACCCAGAUCUUGGUUGUUGGCUGUGGGGGGUUCACCCUUGUCGCCUCAGUCACAGUAAUUCUUGUCUCCUACAUGUCUAUAUUCAUUACUAUUUGGGGCAUUCCUUCAGUUUCCGGCAAGCAGAAAGCCUUCUCCACCUGUGUUUCUCACCUGACGGCAGUUGCGCUGUACUAUGGAACAACUAUGUACACGUAUUUGCAGCCCUCGCGGCGUGGGUCUCAAGCAGGAAACCAGAUGGUCUCGGUGUUUUAUACCAUGGUGAUCCCUAUGUUAAACCCUCUCAUCUACAGUUUGAGAAAUCAGGAAGUGAAAGCUGCCCUAACGAAAAUAUUGAGACACGGUCUCUAA